AUGGCUGCCCUGAUGGCCCUGAGGAGAGAGUGAGAGGCCUAGACAGCCGGCCCAGGCCCUGAGCAGGGAAGGGGGGGGCAGGACCCUGAGGCCUAUUUUGGGGAGGGGGAGGAGGAGACACCACCACCACCCCGUUUGGUCACAGGCUGGGGAAGAGGGAACCCUUCACUGGUGGGGAGAAGGGAAGGGCCACUCCCACCCCCCACCCCAGCUGCGGAAGGGCCCACCCCCAUCAGCCAGGGGGAGGAAAGUGGGGGUGGGGUGAGGAGAAAUACAAGCCCCCCCCCGCCUCCCUUUGAUUUAAAACUACCCUCUUAAAGUAUUCCCUCCCCCCUCCCCAGUUGCCCGUUAGGUAGGGCUGAGUGAGGUGGUGGUUUAGGGGUGGGCAGGGGCAGUUGAUGAGGAAUUUAUUAAUAGGUAAGGGGGGGGAGUAGAAACCCACCCCUUUUAUUUCGUCGCCCCCUUGAAGUUUAACCUCUCCUAUCUUAUUUGAGGGGAGCUGGGGAGUUUGGCAAAGGUUGGAGGGGCAGGGGAGGCCCUUUAAAGCAUUUGCCCCACCAACUCAGUUUCCCCUGGACUUUUUUGGGGGGGUAGUGGGAAACAUUUGGGGGGCACAGGGUUCUGAGAGAUUGAUGGGUUGACAGGGGAAAGGGCAGUUGUAGGAGGUAGUGGACCUGGCCCCAGGAAACCCAGCUCACGCGUUGGUGGUUCUUAACACGCUUGUGACAUUUUACCUUGUCAGUCCUUAUUUUUGUUUUAAUUUCCCCCCCAUUCAUCAUUAAGCAGAAGGGGCAGCAGAGGAAGGAAUAAUAAGGUAACAUGAAAAGAGGAGGUGGAUGUGGCACAGUGUGGGCCGGUUUUUUUUUACUUAAAUCAAGGUGCUCUGUGUGAGAUUAAAAAUAUUCACCUCUGUGUUUCAAAUAAACAAGCCUAGAUUUCCUUGCUUUUGAACAAAGGGGAUACAUAUUAAUGUACUGUAGAUCAAAGAAUGAAUUUAGUUCUUAAUUGCUUGAUGAAAAUAAGAGAGAGAAACCAAUUGUAGGUAUUUUAGUUUAAAUAUUGAGCAUUAAUAUGCUAGGGGUUUCUGAUGAAUCCUAUAUUGAGCUAGCUAUGUGCUUUUCUCUUAUUCAGGAGAGGUUUAUUUCUUUCAAAUUAGGUUUUUAAUAUAUGAAAAGUUAAGAACUGGUCAAUAACUUUUCUGCUUUGGGGGAAAGCGAGGACUCUAAUCUGCUGGAUGAAAUAGAAUUGUAUGUGUGUGAGAGAGAAGUACUAAAUAUUAGCCAUGAAAUAUUUUUAUAGUGUACCACAGCUGAAAGUUAAGCAUACAAUAAGUUUGUGUUUUAUUUUUAUUUUUUAUUAGCCUCGCUAAUCUGGUGACUCUGUAUAUGUAUUUGAGUGCUAGGAAAGGUCUUCUUGCUAGAAGUUAAGAUAGAACAAAAGAAAAUAAAUCAAUGCCCCCAGACUUUACUGGAUGGCUUCGGGACUUUUCCUAUGUGGAAUUUAUUUUUAAAGCCAAAGAGAGAUGGAGAGGGUUUGGAAACUGGGGGCUCUAGAACCAUGUAGUGAGAAUUUUAACUUUAGGAGAAAAAAGUUGUCCUGUCCUCCCGUGAGCCAUAUAUGAAAUCCAUUUGCCAAGUUUUUUGUUUCUUUGGUCUGUCUUUUUUUAAUUUUAAAAAAGUAAAGCAAAGUGGACUAGAGACUUCGUAUGUUCACAUUUGGCCUCUGUGCCCCGCCAGCUGUGCAGGACUGGAUCUAAACGCGGCAAAGAGGGAACCUCCAGAAAACAAGAAGACAUAAGGUACGGUAUGUUGUUGGGUGAUAACUUGUGCCAAACUCUGCAGUGACAUGCCUGGUGGUGAUUCAUUCCCUUCCGUUGCUCUUCAUGGUGGUUAUUAACAUAAGUAGAGCAAGGCAGUGGUUGGCUAACUGCCUUCCUGUUGAUUGACCUGCCCUUUAGUGUGGAGCUUGACCGAGUUUCUGGAGCUGUCCAGGAAUGAGUGGCUGGAAGGAAGGAACCUCCUUCCACAGAGUGAUUCUUGACAGCACUGUAAAUGAGCUCUCAACUAGAAUGGGGGAUGCUGGUUGGUGCAAAUGAAACAUAGCUGUUGUUUGCUUCUUGGACAAAUUCAAACAAGGAUUUAGGGGCGUAUCGGAUCAGGGCACAAUGUGUGGCUCCUCUCCCUUGUUUUGUUUUCUGUGACUUUUGAGAUAAUCCUAGAGCAGUCAAUUAGAAUGUCCUUAUUGUGUAUGUGAUUUUUCAGGAAAAAAGAGUUUGUAGUUAAGAGCUCAGUUAUGGACUCAGCUGUGGCCUGUUGGCAACUCUCUCUUCAUCCCAUACCCCUCUCCUUCAGCACUCAUUAUGUAUGAUUUGACUUGGUGCCCUCGCCAGGAGUACGGUGAACUUCAGCAGGAAGAAUUGUAGACCUCAGUUGUAUGCAGAAGGCCCCAGGUUCAGAGUUAGCUGAAAUACUCUUUAAUAGUGGGGCUGGGAAGGUCGCCUCUGCCCCACAUCUUGGGACCUGCUGCCUGUGAGAGGAGGUCAUCCAGAAUGGCCAGCAGUCUGGCUUUUGUACAAGUCAGCUUUGGGUGGAGUGCAUGCUACACUGAGGCUGCGGAUGCAUUGCCUGUGGGAUGGUGAAUUGAAGGUUCAAGUGCAUUCUCUCAGUAAUCAUUGCAAUAGGUACUGUAAGGCAGGCCAGUGUGAUCCCCACCCCCCAGAAAAGAAAAAAAUAUUGUAGGUGGGAGGUUGGGGCAUAGUAGCAGAGUGUACAUGUGGACGAGCCCCUGGUUUGUUGUUAUAAUGUGUGGAACAAUUCUGAGGGUGAUUUUUUUUAAUAACAAAAUCAGGAAGGCAAGUUGUCUUUGUGGCCUGGGGUUCUCGCUUGCCAGAGUUCAUGGAUUUCAGGCUGUCAGUGAUAGCGUUGAAAAGAAAUACUAUUGCCCAGCUUAUUAAGCAUAAUUAUGCAUUGUGAAACUAUACUUUUCUAAUCGGAUGACAUUACAGUGGCAGUGCCAGGACAAAAUACAAGGACCUCAUUUUUGGAUCAGAUUUAGAGAAACAAGCAAACUUUAUCUCUUAACAGCCCGCUUCUGCUGUAUAGCAGCCAAAUUAACGGAGCGUCCUUUCUGUGAGUUUUGAGGGAUCCUCUUUCAUUGUGUUGAGUGACUGCUUUUCCAAAAGACACACACAAACGGCCUGGGGUUUUCUUGGGUUGUAUUAGUACUGGGGUUUGAAACAGGAGCCUUUGGGAAUCUCUGGCUCCAGUGUUACGCCAGAGGUCAUGAUCGAGCCAUGGAAAAGCCAUGAACUAGGUCAGCUGUCUUGAAGGGUCAGAGGCAUGGCGUGUGGCAGUAAAUGGAGAUAAUCUGGGAUCAGGGACUGAAUCAGGAAGUUGUGCUGAAAGUGAAGUAGGACAGGGUCUGAAAUGGGAGCAGAGAAUGGGCGUCGGGGGAGGUCUAUAGUUGCAGGGUUCAUGCAGCGGAUCCCUUAUGGGAGACAGCCUGCUUAACUUUUGAACCAACUGCUGGCUCCCCUUGGAGUUGAGGUAGGUAGGAAAUCAAAGUGCAUUUUCACACAUUUCAUGCCAUGGCAUUUUAAUAGAAGCUUGUGGGUAGAGUACGGGUUCUAGUUCAUGCCAGUGAUUGUGUUAAAGGGCUUUGAGAGAUGGAAUCUCUCAGAUCAGAGGACGAGAUCUAGUGUGCAUGCAUGUCAGUUUAGCUUACUCUAGCCAGCUGUUCUUUGGGGUUUGCUACCAACUCAUUUCCCCUCCCCUGGGCCACAGACUAGGAGAGAAGCAAAGUCCCCUCUCAGUUGCACAGGGGAAUGGAUAAGGUAAGAACCAACAAGAUCCUUUCGCACAGCUUGGGAGAAGUGUGUGCCGCUGCUUGCUUUCUCCAAAUGUCAGCAUUGACUGUAGAGCUCUAGGAAGCCCAAGUUAGUUUACUGGUGAAGCUUAAGGUUGCUGAUCUGGACAGCACAAUUUAAAUAUAUAUAUAUAUAUAUACAUAUUUUAUAUAUGUAUAUAUGCGAUAGCUCAGGUGGUAGUGCAUGAGGCUCUUAAUCUCAGGGUUAUGGCUUCAAAUACCACGUUGAGCAAAAGAUUCCUGCAUUGCCGGGGGUUGGACUAGAAGACCAUUGUGUUCCCUUCCAAAUCUUCAAUUCUAUGAUUCUAAUAUAUAUAGCAUUUAGUUGCUGUUCUAAAUGGUGAUGACUGCUCCCCCUGCCACUCCAGGAAAAAGAGAUAAGAAAGUUAUAGGUGCCUUAUUUUCAGUUUGCAUCAUGAGAUGAAGACAGAACUGCAUAUGACCUGAAACUGGGCAUGCAGAGCUUUUGCCUUUUCUCUCUCAGGAGUUUCUACCAUCUAUAAACAUCCCCUUGUGAUAAUGUAUGCCACCUAUGCAAGUAUAAAAACUGUCAUGGUCAGGCACUUCUUACGUCACCCAUGUAAAUGGGACUUGGAGAAUUUCAUUUUUUUAAAAAAGCAACUAAAGGAUUUAUUGUAAAUAAGCCCUAUGCAACUCACUGGGCUGGCCUCAAGAAGCCUCUGUCUCUUAGCCUAGCCAGCCUCACGGAGACUUUUGGGGGGGUAUUGGUAUGGGAUCAACAGUGUGGGAUUUGGGGGGUAACAUGUACUCAGUUUUGAUGCAAUUGGUUCACAAAUGAAAGCUUAGCACACUGUUCGCAGGAAAGACUGCCCAUCUACAAUAUUUUAUUUGGCAUUCCAUGUUGCAAUAUCUUCCCAGAACUAAAAUAGUCACGUCUAAUAAAACUAAUGUGCAUUUAAUGCAGGUGUGGGGAACCUCUGAUCCUCCAAAUACUGCUGAACUACAGCUCCAGCCAUCCCUGACCAUUGGGCCAUGCUUGCUAGGGCUGGUGGAAGUUGCAGUUCAAGCAACAUCUGGAGAGCCAAAAGUUCCCAAGCCCUGUUUUGCUGGGUGCACAAAAGUACAAUCAAAAUGCCAACUUGGGGGACAAGUAGUUUCUAGCCAUGAUGGCUCUGCUCUGCCUCCACGAUCGGAGGCAGCAAUUCUUCUGAAUACCAGUUGCUGGAAGCCACAGGAGAGAGAGCGCUGUUGUGCUCAGAACCCGCUUAGGGGACUCCCACCAAGGCAUCCGGUCGGCCACCGUGAGAACAGGAUGCUGAACUAGCUGGGCCAUUGGCCUGAUCCAGCAAGCUGCUCUUAACAUUAUUCUGAAAAGUCAUAGUGUCAGUGUGUCAGGAAUUUAAAUCUCCUGGGGGAAAGAAACCUCUCUCAUUCACCCCACUUCUGUACCUGUAUGAAGAGCGUGGGAGAGGUAUCUCAGAUGGGAUUGCAGCAUAAAAUACAGUGGUACCUUGGGUUACAUAUGCUUCAGGUUACAGACUCUGCUAACCCAGAAAUAGUACCUCGGGUUAAGAACUUUGCUUCAGGAUGAGAACAGAAAUCGCGUGGCGGCAGCGCGGCGGCAGCGGGAGGCUCCAUUAGCUAAAGUGGUCUUCAGGUUAAGAACAGUUUCAGGUUAAGAACGGACCUCUGGAACGAAUUAAGUACUUAACUCGAGGUACCACUGUAGUGCUGUGUGUAGACAUACACCCUCCCUACCUUUCAGCGAGCAAAGCUCUGAAGAGAUCUUGUCUUUCUCUUUUUUCCCCAGUGUCCCACUUUUAGGAGCCACCCCACCCCCCUUGAACCCCGUGGAAACUGGGCGGCCCCGAGCAGGCCCCGCAGUCGCUCGAGAUGGCCGCCUUCAAACGGAGCCGCCGGCAGGCCUGGCCAGAAGAGGAGGGCGACCGGGAGCACGGGCUCUAUAGCCUGCACCGCAUGUUUGACAUCGUGGGCACCCACCUGACCCACCGCGACGUCCGGGUCUUGUCCUUCCUCUUUGUGGACGUCAUUGAUGACUACGAAAGGGGGAUGAUCCGCAGUGGGCGGGACUUCCUCCUGGCGCUGGAGAGGCAGGGCCGCUGCGACGAAACCAACUUCCGCCAGGUGCUUCAGCUUCUGCGGAUCAUCACCCGCCACGACCUGUUGCCCUAUGUCACUUUAAAGAGGAGGAAGGCCGGUAGGUCCUCUCUGGUUCGGGGGUCUUCUACAGCAGGCUGCAUGUAGCCCAUCUGCUGACUCACACACAUACCCUUUAUCCCAAUGGUGAACCAGGUGCAAGUCUACAGCUGGGUCUUCAGCCCAAUCUAAAAGGAUUCAGUCAGGGAGCGUCAGGCAUUGUCAGAAACAGCCAAGUGUUUGAAAUAACUGGUCGUGUUAUAGCUCUGCAGCAGUUUCUACAAGCCCUGGUCUUUUUUAGAAGUAGCGCUGAGUUGUGCUGAAUUAGGGGGGGUGAGUGAAAAGGAGAGGGUGUGAAAUGACAAGGUAGUAGAUCUCAUGAGCUUAUCUCUCAGAAUACUUGCCACGCCUUCCUCUUUCCACCACCAAUCACAGAGCCCGUCUGAAACUUUGGCCUACUUUUCUCCUCCCCUCCCUUGAAUCUAUCACCUUGCCACCUUACAUAACUGUAUUGAUGUAUUUAUCCAGACUGAGGGCACUUCUUCCUUUUUUAAAUACCACUUAGCUUUUUAUUGCCUAUUUGAACUCCCAUCAUAUCUUUUUAUUUGUAUUUUUGUCCCUUUUAACCACAAUAUUUAAUUGUAUGCCUCGAGUAGCAAUAGUAGUGCAGGCAACGACCAUUUUGCAUGGGGGUUCCCAGCCCCUGCACACGGUGGCAGAGAAUGCAUAAGCGUGCCCCAUUCCGCCCCGCCCCAUUCCACUCCCGUUCUUGCUUCUAGGUACAAAAGGACCUGCGCAUUGGCAGUAGCCCGUCAUUUGGAUGUGCCUAAAAUGGUCGCUGCUUGUAGUAAUAAUAGUUAUUAUAAUUAUAAAACCCUUUGGUAGAAAAACAAUGUCAAGGAUUUAAAAACCAUUAGCCUCCUGAGAAGAAUGAAGAGUGGCCUAGAGUGGCAGGCGAGACUCGGGUGCCAAAUUAUCAGUCAAAACAGUUAAAAACAACUAUUAUUUUUAAAAAAAUAAUAAAGAAGAGCAAUAAACUAAAAACAGAUUAAAACACAUGUCAGCAUUCCCCAGUAUCUGGGUAGGCUUGUCUAAACAAAAAACAUACAGUGGUACCUCAGGUUACAUACGCUUCAGGUUACAGACUCCGCUAACCCAGAAAUAAUACCUCGGGUUAAGAACUUUGCUUCAGGAUGAGAACAGAAAUUGUGCUCUGGCGGCGCGGCAGCAGCAGGAAUUUAGCUAAAGUGGUGCUUCAGGUUAAGAACAAUUUCAGGUAAAGUACGGACCUCCGGAAUGAAUUAAGUACUUAACCUAAUUCUGAAUAGAGUACAGUGACAGCGCUCACCUGAUGCCAAUAGGCAGGGAGGUCCAAAGUGUGGGUUCUGCCACAGUAGCUCAAUUUCUUACAAAUGCAGAACAGGCAUUAUGUGGCACCUGUAACAGGGCCAAUUCUGCAGAUUGAAGCAGUUGAGUGGGUGCACAUAUAUAGCGAAAGGUGAUCUCAUAGGUAAACUUUCUCUUGUUGACCACCCCACCGAUUAACAUGCCCCUCCUUUCUUCCGCAGUGUGCCCGGAUCUUGUAGACAAGUACCUAGAAGAGACUUCCAUUCGCUACGUGACGCCGCGAGCCCACAGCAGCGCAGAGCACGUUCCUUCCCACCAACACAAAUCUGGUGAGACUUUGCGGCCAGAUAGAUGUCAGAUGCCUUUGUCCAGCUAGUUUCCUUCAGUGCCCUCCAUUGCCCAGGCAUCUGUGUUCUGGGCAUUCCUGCCCUCAGCAUUUAAUGCAGGCGUUUGGGACCUCAAAAGAAAUCCAGACCCAGCUUUUUGGACAGUUUCUGUGUCUUCUUCCCUACAGGCAGGCCUCACUAGCCACAUCUGCUUGAUGGCUCUGUUCCUGAAUGUCUGUUUCCCAGCCAAAUCCAGAGAACUGGAUGAGCACCAGAAGCUGCCUUAGACAGAGUUGGACCGGUUGUUCCACCUAGUCCACCUGCCCCUGACUGGUAGUUGUCCUUCAGGGUCUCUGGCAAAGGAGGAUCUUUCCCAGUCCUGCUACCAGCAUUGGAAAUGCUGGGGGGAUUGAACUUCAGCAUGCACAGCAGGUGCUCUUUUAGAAUUGUAGGGCUGGAAGGGACCCAGAGGAGUGUCUAGUCCAGCUCCCUACAAUGUAGAAAUCACAGCUUUGCUGUAGCCCUUUCCCACAGUAGAAAGGCAUUGGAUUCUGUGCACCACAGAGAUUCUCGCCUCUUGAUCCCUUGAGGGUUGAUUUGCUCCUUGAUGAAAGCCAGACUUCAAUGGCGGCAGGUUGUUACUCUCUGGUUGCUUUUUGGAGACCAGAGUACGUGAGGGAGGAGUGAUUUUUAAACUCUGGCAAUAGUAACCUUGAGUUGCUUCCUGUAUCUGUGGGUUUCUGGCAGCUUCUUUUAUUUAGAGCACUUGAUGUAAAAAUAAAUAAAUCUGUAAGCUGUUUACAUAAAAGGUGAGAGUGUCUAGUCCUCAUGAAUUCAGGAAUCAUUUUUAAGGGCAAAAGCCUCGUCUGUUGAGAUGCAGAGGAUGGAAUGGAGAUGGGGUUGCUGUGUCCAGUGAGAGUCCUAGGUUCCUCAUCAUUUCUCCAGAGUCUUGUUCAUCUUGGCUAUCAACAUAAAAGGCCUGGGAUGCUGGUGGGCAGAAUAUUUACUUUUUAGUACUUUUUAUCCCAAACUUUUAUCUGAUAAGCUCAAGCUGGUCUGGCUGGCUCUUCCCCACCAUAAAAAAAUUGCAACUCAUCUUUGGUUAUGAGGGCAGUCAGUCAGUGAAGUUUAUUGUACAUACUUUACACUAUAUGAAAUAUAGAAUUUACAAACCAAUAUAUGAAUUAAAAUAGAAAUGUGUUACGGAAAGUCACUGGGCAGCCAUUAAUUGCUGUGUAUACCAUCCAAGGAUAACAAUAUUGGAUUAAAAAUUAUAAUGUAUUAUAAUUCUGGAUAUGGUUAGAUCACAACUUCUUAGCUGUUAGUGCAAAUUUAGCCAGAUAGAAAGGAAGGGGCAGAGGGCCACAUUUGGCCUUCAGGCCUGAGGUUCCCCGCUCCUCUUUCAAGUGAGGCAAAAGCCAAAAAGUGAUGAGAAGACGCAGCACCAAUUUGAAACCAGGAAUUUUGUUCUUUGCCCCAGUGAAAGGUUUCUGAAGGCGUUGUUUCCAAGUGCCAGGCAAGUCUGUAUUGAAUGACAAAAGUAGGAGCCAGUCCUGGUCUUGUAAUCCUGGUGAAAUAAAUAUUGUCAGUUCUGUUUGUUCAAUUUAGCAGUCCAGACAUAGUAUUUAUAAAGCAACAUUAAUUUCCAGACAGUUGGAGGUUGUGUUUAAUUUUGUCACUGUUAAGAUCUUGAGAUUGCAUUGUCACCAGGUCUCUGAAUAAGCUUCCUCCCGCCCCCGCAUUUGGCAUUUUUAUGGAAGAUCUUAAGAUCUUGAAGACUCUCUCUAGUUUUGGUUUGCAGGUUUGAAGUGGUGUCUGUGUGGGUGGAAGAAGCUGGCCGGGCUAAAAUGGGGAACCCCUCCCCACACCACGACCACCAAACUAGCCUAGGCUCCAAGCAGGAUAGGCAGGAUGCAGAUUACACAGUAUUUUAUUGUAUUCUGAUGAUGCUUCAGCCUACUAGGCUUGCUUCCAUUAAGGAUGGAGCAAGUUCUGUCUUACUGAGGGCCCCUGCCUCACUAGUCCUCAGUAUUCAGGACAAACAAAAGAAAACCCUCCUUCAUGCAGCGCAUAGUUAGACUAUGGAACUUGCUCCCACAGGAGGCAGUGAUGGCCGCCAAUCUAGAUGGCUUUAAAAGAGGACAACAAAUUCAUGAAGAUGGCUGCUAGCCAUGAUAACUAUACUCUGUUUCCAUUGUUGGAGGCAGGUAAUGCUUCUGAAUACAAACUACAGGAGAGGAGUAUGCUCUUGUGCUCAGGUCCUGCUUGCGGGUUUCCCAUAAUGGAUAUCUGGUUGGCCACAAUGAGAAAAGGCUGCUGGACUAGAUGGGCCAUUGCCCUGAUCCAGCCGGCUCUUAUGUUCUUGUGUGAUGCUGCCACAUGAGCAAGACCAGGGGUUAUCCCCAAGGAAAAGAUAAAAACCUUGCUUCUUUCUGUUUCUGUUCUUUUAUGUGGCUGUGAGUGUUAUUGUCGUGAGGCUUUUUUUGGUCAGCUGCCUUGAGAGCCUCUUGGGGUUGUGAAGUGGGACUUGUGCAUUCCCCCACCACACCAAAUAAUAAUAAUAAUAACUCCCAGCCUCUAGUCCUGCACUGAGCUGUCUGAGCCCUCACCUUUGUGCCUCCUCCCAGUGCCUCCCCACCACCCGCUGGUCUGCUGCUCCUCUUCAGGCCCCCAGAUCUGCACCAAGAGACCUGGCCGGGGACGAGCCCUCCUUGGGAGCCAGCGGAAAAGGAGGAAGUCGGUGACGCCAGACCCAAAAGACAAACAGACGUGCGGUAAGGAUCCUGACAGUAGCAGCAGCAUGGCAGCAAUGUUUGAGUCCCCUCCCAAGAUGGAUGAUCUGAAUGCAGGUCUUGCUAAGACCCAGGACUAUCACAUAGCCCAACAAUCUUCUAUGCUGAGACAGAUGUGGGGUGUGUGUGUGAGACAGAGACAGAGACAGAGAGACAUCACACUGUUGACCCUUCCACAGCACUGAGGAUCAGCAGCUUGGGGCCUCUGGUACAAGUUUGUCCCCUCCCAGUAUUGCCAGAGGCAAAGAGAGGGUAUGAAAUGAGGAACACAUUUUGGGCAUAAGAUUUUGCAGCAGGGCAUAUUGGAGCUAGAGGUGCAGCAGGACCGCUCUUGAUUGAUUUAUAGGUAGAAUUUAUAUCCUGCCCUCCCCCUCCAAUGAGUUGCUGCUGUUAUUCCUUUGUUAAUGGCUUCUGAACCAGGUAUCUCGCGCCUUUUCAGAUCCUGGAUCCACUUUUAACCCAAAUACAGUUGUAGCUCAAAAGUCGAACAGAAUCUGUUCCAGAAGUCCGUUCAACUUCCAAAGCGCGGCUCUUGCAGCCAAUUGGAAGCCCUGUCAGACGUUUGGCUUCCGAAAGAACGUUAGAAAUCCGGAACAAUCACUUCCAGUUUUCGAUCGUUCGGGAGCCAAAACGUUCGACUCUCGAGGUGUUCGGGAGCCGAGGUACAACUGUAUGCAUUUGGGGACCAAUUUCUAAAAUCUGGCACAACAUAUUUGCGUGGUGGUAGCACUCCUGUCGUGACCCACCUUGAAUCAGGCUGCAACCCACUAACGGGUCCUGACCCACCAGUUGAAGAGGUAGCCAAUACAGUUGGACUACAACUCCCAUCAGUCCCAGCUAGCAUGGCCCACUGGUCACUGACCAUGGGAGUUGUAGUCCAGCCGCAUCUGGAGGGCACCACAUUAGCUGCUCCUACCAUUUAGCAAAGAGCACCCGGUUUCUGAGAUCUCACAUCCGGGACAUUUGGAUGUUUCGAGCAGAGAGAGCAUUAACGUAUCUCCUGUCUCCUGGCGCUUCCCUUCCAGACAUCCGCCUGCGAGUCCGAGCGGAGUACUGCCAGCACGAAACGGCCUUGGAGGGGAACGUCUUCUCCAACAAGCAGGACCCCCUGGAGCGCCAGUUUGAGCGCUUUAGCCAGGCCAACACCAUCUUGAAAUCCCGGGACCUGGGCUCCAUCAUCUGUGACAUAAAGUUUUCGGAGCUCACUUACCUCGACGCUUUCUGGCGCGACUACAUCAACGGCUCGCUACUGGAGGCCCUCAAGGGGGUCUUCAUCACAGACUCGCUCAAGCAAGCGGUGGGUCACGAGGCCAUCAAGCUCCUGGUCAACGUGGACGAAGAGGAUUACGAGGUGGGCCGUCAGAAACUCCUGAGGAACUUGAUGCUCCAGACGGCACCUUGA